ACAUAACCUCUAUUUUAUUAUUAUCACUUGAACUUUCAACCUUACAAUCGUUUAAUCAUUCUCAAUUCGAUUUAUUGAUGUGAAAAACUCGAGAGGCCGGUCGAAAAUGAGCUUCGACGAUGUGGUUUAUUUAUCGUUAUUGUUUUCGUCGAUCGGUUUUGGUUACAUUUAUCGAAAAAUUGAGGAUGUGCAAAAGAAAAAGUUAAUUGGAACGUUUAUCGGGUUAAUAGUCGUUAUUCUAGUCUCAGGGGUACAUAUAAUCCAUUCAUUCGUUACGUAUUUCAUAAAUACGAUUAUUAUUUUAUUUGCAAGCAAAAGGCAAUGUCACCUAAUCAGCUUUAUAUUUUCGUUUUUAUACCUCUUUUUCUUCCGUACCACGGAAUAUUUCGGUAUUCCAUAUCCUCCGGGUCAUACGAAUUUAGUACAAAUGAUGUUAACCUUAAAAUUAGUCGGGUUAGCUUUUGAGGUGAAUACUUCGUACCAAUUAAAUAAGAAGAAAGAUGCUUCCAAUAAGAGUACUGAGGAGAAAUGCGAGGAUGAAUUAAAUAUGAUUAAUCCAGAUUUUAUUGAAAUUUUUCAUUAUUGUUUUAAUUAUAUUGGAGUUUUAACAGGUCCUUAUUAUAGAUAUCGCACCUUCAGAGAUUACUUUAAUUAUCCUUUUGGUAAAUAUGUUCCAUGGAAAGAAGAGACAUUAAAAAAAAUCCAAUGGGUGCCACUUUAUGCAAUCCUCUUCCUCUUAGUCUCUCAUUUAUGGCCAUUGGAGUACACAUUAACGCAAGAAUUCGAUACGGAGCGUUCGUUUUUGUACCGUUUUUGGUAUAUUUGGCCAAAUUUUUUCACCUUUCGAAUGCGAAUUUACAUUGGGUUAGUACUUUCCGAGUGUGUUUGUACCAUGGCAGGAUUAGGGGGAUACCCGGUGUUUACAGAACCAAAAGCCGGAUUAGGACCCUCGAAAAAUUUCCAAAAAUUGAAAGAAAUCGAUAAUUUAGUCGACGAAAAAUUCGAUUUUGAAACAAUACACAAUAUAAAACCCUACGAAACGGAAGUUUGCACCACGUUUCGUGAAGGGAUGAAAAAUUGGAACGUUUGCAUUCAAUAUUGGUUGGCGGUCAACGUUUAUAAACGAUUUCCAAGCAAAAAAUAUCGCACUUUUGUUACUUUAUUGGUUUCGGCCGCUUGGCACGGAGUUUAUUUGGGCUACCACAUUUGUAUUGGUUGCGCCCCUUUUUAUUUGUUGAUCGAAGAUGUUUGGGUUAAAAUCGUUUUAAACGGAAAUAAAGGAACUUCGCUAAAGGUGUGGAGUUGUAUCGUGUGGUUCUUUAAAAUGGCGGGAUUCUCGUAUUUGGGGAUAGCGUUUAGUUUAUUAUCGGCGGCUAAAAUAAUCCAUUAUUAUAAUUCGAUUUAUCACGCAGGAGCUGUUAUUGGGCUUAUAAUGUAUAUAGGUGGAGUGCAAUUAUUAAAGAGGAAGAGAAGGGAUGAGAAGGUUAAAAAUGUUGGUGUUAACAUUGAAUCUAAGAAAGAACAUUGAAUGUUGUCCUAUUAAUUUUAGAAAAAUAUCGUAUUUUAUCCAAUGAGAAAUAAAGACUCAUUUACAAGGUAAGUGUCGGAACUGUUCCUUAGAAUAUGGACGCUGUAUAUUCGUAUAACUAAAUCAGCUACCGAAUUGUGGUAAAUGUAAGGUGAUAUUCUUAAUAAGAAUCAAAAAUGCUUUAAUUUGAUACCAAACACGAUAUGUUUGGGUUAAAAAAUAGAAAAG